UAACGUGCUUUUGAAUACUAAUAUUAGUAUAGGUUUAAUUGUGGAUGACUUACCAAAUCAUGUGAAAACCUUUCAAAAGAUAGCCGUGGAUCAUGUGAAGUGCAUCAGGUGUACCCUCCUAUAUUUAAAACUACUUCCUCUCUCUCUGUCACUGCCCUUAUAUUACUACCCUCGCCCACGACCAAAACUCCCCCAAAACUUUGGUAUUUCCUGCAUGGUUUUCUAUCAUAAGUGUAUUUCUUCAAAGUUUCUCAAAUUUGUGUGGUUUGUUAUACAAACAAUAACACAGAAACAUGAAGAACUUCUCUCAUGGAGUUGGUCGAAUGAUGUUAGUUUUGAUUUUCUUGAUGGUUUGCUUAUUCACAGAAAGCCAUCGUGUGACCCCUCAUCACCAUGCUACCAAAUUUGGAGAUGAAGGACAAGUGCACCCUGAGGAAGGAGUAAAGGAAGUGCUAGGGAUGGAGUUAUACCCAACAGGGUCGAGCUUGCCUGACUGUUCCCACGCUUGUGGCCCCUGCUUUCCCUGCAAGAGGGUGAUUGUGAGCUUCAAGUGCUCCACUUCAGAGUCCUGCCCAAUUGUUUAUAGGUGCAUGUGUAAAGGCAAAUACUACCCUGUGCCUUCCAACUGACACAACAUUUGGAGACGCAAUUUGUUUAGUGAUGAAGAAAUUGAAGAUUAUUAAUUUAGACUUGGUGCUCACUUCCAAUUGAGAAGAAAUUCAGAAGGGGAUAGCAUUGUAAAUAGUGGAAUUGAGUUUUGCGUAAUUCUAUUUCAUAUUAAUUAGUUAGUAGAACUGAGUUUUAUUUUCGUACUCCCUUUGUAGCAUUGAGCUUUUGUUUUUAGUAAGUCGAAUCUGAAAUUCCAAGUGUUUUAGCACUUGAACUUUCUUUAUCUCUUUUCUUCUCUCU